AUGCGUGAGCUCGCCGCCCGGUGCGACGCCUCGGCCGCUUCGGCUUCGCGCGCCGGCGACGGCGGCCCCCGCCGCCUCGUCAUCUUCGACACGCCCAAACCGAGCUACUGCGUCUCCGGCCUGGAGAGGGAGACCGGCAAGUCGCUGUCCGUCAGGACAUCCCAGAAGCUUCUGGCGCGCACCACCGAGGAGGGCAGUCGUACCCUCUAUUAUCACGGCUUCCCUGCGUGCCACGUUACAAACGAUUGGGGACGGCGGAUUCAGAAAAAGUUCUUUGACGAUCUCUUGUCGACAUUGGAAGAGAUUCAACCGGGUAUUUCGUCAAAUAUCUAG